CUGCACCACUCUUGAAUUAAGUCCAUUCUUUCAGCCCGCUCUCCCUCCGAGCGUUUCUGCUCCACUCAGCUUCAGAGAAAACUCUGCAUGUUUGUAUGUGUGUGUGUUUGAGCUCCUCCCGUGUGUGUUAAGGAGAGUUUUAUGUGUGUGCAUGGUUCUGUGUGUUUUUCUAAGUGGAGCUGAAGUGCAGCCGUUCAUCAGCGGAGUUGACUGCAGUCAGGGGAAUACUCAGAUCUCGCUGUGCUGCUUUUUUAACUCACACACCAGCUGCUUAUUGGACUUUUUUUAAACGACUGGACUUUCUUUUGCACCAAACUGGGAAUCUACAGCUGCUGUCUUUCAUUUCACCCCUCCAGGCACCAUUCCCAUCACUGGAAUUACGGAUUUUUCUCUUUCCACAGAUUUUUCCCUCCCCAGGAAUUCGUUUUGACCUUGAAUUUUUAAUCUUUCAAAAAUCCUGGUCUGUUACAUUUUAAAUCGCAGCUUCUUGGGAUCCUAUAACUUUUCUAUUAUUUAAAAAAUAUAUAUAAAAAUAUAUACUUGUUGAAUCCUGAAAAUGGGUGUUUUGGAAAAUAAAUUAACCGCUUGGUGAGCUUGUGUAGGUGUGCAUAAUAUCACAAGCUGGAAGUCCUGUGUCAUGUGGGUCCAUGUGUUUCAUUUUUACUUUUUAAACCAACGGGAAGGACUAUGAGACACUAAACAGCCUCAGGAGACCAUGAUGGAGACUAUCAGCCAGUCAGAAGCAUGUUGGGCUCAGGUGGAUGCUGAUCCUGAACCUUUCUGACUUUUGUUUCCUCUGAUUACUGAGAAGAAGAUCUCUGCCCAUGUGGAAUGGUUUUGUCCUGUCCUCGACGUGAGAGGUGAACUGUGACGUCCUUCAGGAGGGGACCAGUGACUGGAUUAUGAAUCUCCUCCAGAGGAAAUAGUGCAUUUUAUAGAUUACCCUAAUUAGCUUGGAGCCAACAGAAGAAGAUUUUGUCAAACUGUAAAAAAAAAUUUAAAAACAGAAAUAGAAGAACUAAUAUUUUUGGGGAAGAAAGAAGUUUGUUUAAGAAUUACCAAGAUGAUGACGAUGAUGAUGAUCACGUGCAGCUCUCUGUUGGUGCUCGGGAUGGCUGCUGCUCAUACUUCCUCCAGUACAGUGACUCGUGCUUCCUCUUCAUCCACAUCCUCCUCCUCUUCCCCCUCCUCGUCCUCCUCACCACGCAUGAAGCUUUCCUACAAAGAAUUGCAACAGUUCCACGGAGUGCGCCGUUUUGAGCUGGAGCGCUCCUGCUGCUUUAGCGCCAUGCUCCUGGACGAAGAGAGGGGCCGACUGUUUGUGGGAGCCAAGAACUUCCUGCUGUCACUCUCACUGGACAACAUUGCCAAACAGGAACACAAGAUCUACUGGCCAGCUCCUGUCGACUGGAGGGAGGAGUGCAACUGGGCAGGCAAAGACAUCACUUUGGACUGUGUGAACUAUGUGAAGAUUGUGCACCACUAUAACCGCACACACCUGUAUGCCUGUGGAACCGGGGCCUUUCAUCCUACUUGUGCGUUUGUGGAGGUGGGAAACAAAAUGGAGGACCACGUGUUCAGGAUUGAUCCAUCUAAAGUAGAGGAUGGGAAAGGGAAGAGUCCGUAUGAUCCUAGACACAAUGCUGCAUCUGUGCUCAUCGGUGAUGAACUAUAUGCAGGUGUGGCCACAGACUUGAUGGGACGGGACUUCACCAUUUUCAGGAGUCUGGGAAGACGCCCCUCAAUCCGCACAGAGCAACACGACUCACGCUGGCUCAAUGAACCAAAGUUUGUUGGCUCUUUCUGGGUUCCUGAAAGUGAAAAUCCUGAUGAUGACAAGAUCUUUUUCUUCUUCCGGGAAACCGCGGUCGAGGCUCAGGGUUUGGGAAAGUCCACUUACUCUCGAAUCGGACAGUUGUGCAGGAAUGACAUGGGUGGCCAGCGGAGUCUUGUGAACAAGUGGACAACAUUUCUCAAGACCCGUCUGAUUUGCUCGGUACCAGGAGCUGAUGGGAGUGACACAUACUUCGAUGAGCUGCGCGAUGUGUUUCUGCUGCAGACCCGGGACAGAAAGAACCCCCUGGUUUACACCGUUUUUUCGACUUCCAGCAGCAGUGUGUUUAAAGGCUCAGCUGUGUGUCUUUACUCCAUGAAUGACAUCCGGAGGGCUUUCCUGGGGCCUUUUGCUCACAAAGAGGGGCCCAACUACCAGUGGGUCCCUUUCCAGGGAAAAGUCCCGUAUCCUCGCCCAGGAAUGUGUCCCAGCAAGACAUUCGGCAGCUUUGAGUCCACAAAGGGCUUCCCUGAUGAUGUGAUCCAGUUCGCGCGUCACCACCCUCUGAUGUACAACCCUGUCUACUCAAUGGGCCGGCGACCCGUCUUCGUUAGGACGAACGUUGACUACAGCUUCACACAGAUUGUUGUGGACAGAGUCAAUGCUGCUGAUGGACAGUAUGAUGUCAUGUUCAUUGGCACAGACAAAGGGACAGUGCUGAAGGUGAUCAGUGUCCCCAAGGAGAGCUGGAACAACAUGGAGGAACUUUUACUGGAAGAGUUGGAGGUUUUUAAAGAUGCUUCGCCUGUCACAAACAUGCAGAUUUCCUCUAAACGGCAACAGCUGUAUGUUGGCUCCGACACGGGAAUCGCCCAGGUCCCUCUUCACCGCUGCAGUGUUUAUGGGAAGGCCUGUGCUGAGUGCUGCCUGGCCCGAGACCCGUACUGCGCCUGGGAUGGGACUUCCUGUACUCGCUACCUGCCAAACACUAAAAGACGUUUCCGUCGUCAGGAUGUACGGAAUGGAGAUCCUAACACCCUCUGCUCUGGAGACCACCACAAGCAUCGCGUGGCAGAGAGGAAGUUGUAUGGAGUAGAAGGAAGCAGCACUUUCUUGGAGUGCAUCCCCAAAUCCCUUCAGGCCAAAGUCACCUGGACAUACCAGAAACAACCACAGAACCCACGGGAAGAGGUACGUCUAGACGAUCGCAUCCUGCAGACGGAAAGGGGCCUCCUAAUUCGCCGUGUCCUAAAGAGAGACAUUGGCGUCUAUCAGUGCCAUGCCAUGGAGCACGGGUUCACCCAAACAUUGCUGGGUAUCACCUUGGAAGUUGUACCAUCAUCAUCAUCUCCCUCCAUCUCUAAUUUACCCUCUGAUGCACCAGUCCGAUUAGAUCCCCGCAGCGGAGGUGGUUCCUCAUUACCCAAUCAAAAGUUCUGGUACCGAGACUUCAUGCAGCUGGUGGACCACCCCAACCUCAGCACCGUCGACCAGAUUUGUGAGCAAGUUUGGGCACGGAAAAAUGCCGGCAGCGACCAGAUGGAUAAGAUUUUCCCUGCUGCCGGGAAGGACAUCCUGCCUCAGGGUCCACCUGUCCGGCCAGCGAAUAAGAAGUGGAAGCAUCUCCAGGAAAUCAGGAAGGGGAGAAACCGCAGGACCCAUGAUGGGAAACCGAACCCUCGGGCUCCACGCAGCGCAGGGGAGUAACGAAGCAGAGACUGAGAUGGAGAAAGAAAAGACUGGUGGGCCAAGAACUCAUGGAGGUCCUCAUACAUACAGUUACAUGUGUCUACGCCACACACACACACACACACACACACACACACACACACACACACACAUACACACACACACACACACACACACACACACACACACACACACACACACACACACACAGUACCUCCUGUAUUGUGUAUAUUUAUCUACGGAUUCUACGCGGUACAGCAUUCCCUGAGUCCUCAUCCCAGCUCCUGCAUGUGCUGCCUUACAGCCCAGACGUCCUCUGCACGAUCCCUUUACACCGUUCCACUAGAACAGUCCGACGAACAAGCGAGUACUUGGGAAUAAACACUCACUCAUACUCAUCUGUCAUUUCGAUGCCAGUGACUGUAGACGGAAGGCCUAUUCAUGGGCUCAUCCUAAUCUAAACAAGUAAACUUUGUAAUUUACACGGUAACCAGCAGCUUCCCAAACGCCUGGAUGAACUCGGUUCGGUUGUACUGAUGCAACAGACUCAAGAAAAAUGCUACAACUGGAAAAUGUUAUGGACUCAACUGGAACACAAAACAUGACUACUUCGUGCUACUACGACUAAUCGUGCGAGGAUUCACUUGUUUGAAACCCUGAUCAACUUCCUGUGGCCAUCUUGGUGCACAUUUUUCCAUUAAUUCCACUUUUCAUAUCUUUGUGCAUAGAUUAAUGAAUAGAUGCCAGCAACAGUGGAGCACAUUCGUAUGUCGCAAAACUUGUAUAUAAUGUAGGUUGCUUUUCCCUUUUUAACAUUUGAAGUUUUCUUAGGCACAUCGAGGCAUGUUGCAGCAAAAAAAGAAAAGAAAAGAAAAUCACUCAUGAUACGUAGGUGGUGCGGUUAGAGUCAGAACUGGUCCGGUUGGAUAUGGUUCUUUGCUGGUUAAAACCACUAGUGAACAGAGAGAAAGAGGAAAUGUUUACAGUGAAAACACAGUCAGAAUCAGCAUGGGGUGCAGUAGAGUUCACAUAUUAUCAUGGUUCUGCACAAAAAACGACACAUAAUAAACACUUGGAAGAGAGGAUGAGAUAACACAGAAAAAUGGGCAAAAUAUGCAAAAACGGUUCAAGUUGUAUAAACAAUUGCAGAUAUGCAUGUUUUAGACAUUGGAGAAAAAUGAGCCAGUGAGAGAAAACUGUUGUUGUUACAUAAGGUGCUGGUUCUGAUGGGCCGUGGUCUGCAGAGGGGAACAACUCCAAUAUGUAUUUUCAGCAUGGGAGGUGUCUGAAGCUUUAAAUUGAAAACAGCAAACAAACAGAACAAGAUCAUCAAUUAGGUUUUUUCUUAAAUUAUAUAUGAAUUGGCAAAUAAGAUCUGUCAUAAUUUAAAGCUUUCAUUAAAGAGAAGACAUGAAAAUGGGCAGAAACAUUAUUAUUAUUUUAUUCAAAUGUGUACUUUUUUCCUUCACUCAGUUCUAGCAUAACUAUUCUGUGAUAGAGUAACAUGAAACGUGCGAUUUAAGAUUAUUUUCUUUGUUCUUCACAGUAAAAUGUGCUCAAAGCUGCACUGCUUUACCCACAAUGCAUUUCCAUGUUUCCAAAUAGAUGACAAAAUCUCAAUCACCAUUGAAAUCACUCUUUGUGUGGAAUUAAAGUCCUUUAGAGGAUAAAAUUUGCUGCUUGGGGAUGUCACCUCUUCAACACUUACAGCUGGUACUAUAAAGUCGUCCUGUUCUAUGUCCUAUUGAUCUUACUCUUUAUUAAACUAAAGAAAGUUUGUCUACCAUAGUGUGUUUAGUCUGCCCCCUAGUGUUCAAUGUUUGUACAAGCUGUGGUACCAUAGUGUAAUAUAUCCUGGUCUGUCUACAGUACAAAGAAGGAACUGACGGGUGUGGAAUGACUUUUAAGUUGUCUGGGUUUUUUGCAGCUUUCACUACAAAGUCCUGGUUUCAGUAAAACUGGCUUUAAUUGGUGCAUUCAGUAAGUCACUAUCUCCAAAAGAGAAGCAGCAAAAACCAGUUCUGUGUGUGGAUUUUAGAUGUAUGAUAUCAUUGUCAUUGUUAUUUAUAUACCUUCUUUAUAGAUGUGUAAUUAACAGAACGUAUUGACGCCUACAAAAGGGACACUUUGCAUUUUGACACCACAAACAGGAAGAGGUCGAAACACACGAUUAAAUCUCUGAUUUGAAUUGUUGCAGGAUGCUCUUGAUUCGUGCAUUCCCCACCAAUGUGUUUAGACCUCAAUGUAAACCGACUUGAAAUGUCAUUACAUCACAUUUAAAUGAAAGAUCACUUCAAUCAUGAAUAGAACAUUCACAUGAUCAGUGGUGUCAAACUGAGUCUCCCUUUUUAGUCAGCUGUUGUUUUGUAACUGAAUUUGCAUGUUUAAGGUUUUAACAUAUUCAGCAAUGAUGGGGUUACAAGAAAAAAGCAAGAAAGUUAAAGAAAGCACAAUCUUAUUAUUGUUAUUAUUAUCAUUUUUAUGUAUUUAUGUGCAGAGAUAAACUUAUAUGUUGUGGUGGAGUUUUUUUUUUCCUUCUAAAUGUAGAUUUCCAUCUGUAUGGUACACGCCCUCUGUGUUUUUCAUCAGUGGAGAAGAGUCUCCGAUUAAAGUCUUGGUUGUUCAAACAGCCCGCCAA